AUGUUGGUCUUGCUGUACCAGGAGGGAGUGCGGCGAAGACAAGGGGCCGUGGACUCCUCCACCCUCUUCCUGUUCUGGCUGCUCCUGGUGUGCUGUGACGUCUUCCCCUUCCAGACGAUCCUGCGAGCGGCGCUCCGACUGGGAGAGGUGCCGGAUAUCCCCAGAUACAGCCUCUUCUACGCCUCCUUCGCCCUGGAGCUAGUGGGGCUGGUCCUGUCUGCCCUGGCAGACGUCCCCCGCGAAGCAGCGGAGGUGGUCAAGAAGAAUCCAGAGGCAGGGGCGGCCUUCCUAAGUAGAAUCACCUUCAACUGGUUUAACAGCAUGGUGGUGAACGGCUACAAGCGGCCGCUGGUGCAGGAGGACCUGUGGGAGCUGAAGGAGGCGGACAGCACCAGCCAGAUCCACCGCCACUUCCACUCCCACAUGGAGUCACAGCUGGGCGCCGCCCGCCUCCGCUACGCCAAGAAGAAGUCCGAAGCAAAGCCUGCGAAGGAUCCCCGGCCCGCCAAGCAGAACGGCGUCAGCCAAGACGUACUGAUGAUGGAGGAGAUGGAGAGGAAGAAAAAGGACAAGAAGGGCAAGAAAGGGAAGGAAGAAAAGGUGAAGGAGGAGGAGAACUACCCUCAAGGGUGGCUCAUCUCCACCAUCUUCAAGUGCUUCAGGAGAACUCUGAUCGAGUCUGCGUUCUUCAAGCUCCUUCAGGACCUGCUCGCCUUCGUCAGUCCUCAACUCCUGAAGCUGAUGAUCUCCUUCACCAAGAACGAAGAGGCCCCUGACUGGCACGGCUACAUGUACUCUGUGCUGCUGGUUCUGGUGGCCGUCCUCCAGUCCCUGUUCCUCCAGCAGUACUUCCAGCGCUGCUUCGUCCUGGGCAUGAAGGUCCGCACCUCCAUCAUGGCCGCCGUGUACAAGAAGGCGCUGGUGGUGUCCAACAGCUCCCGCAAGGAGACCACAGUGGGGGAGACGGUGAACCUCAUGUCUGCCGACGCCCAGCGCUUCAACGACAUCUUCAGCUUCAUCCACCUGCUGUGGUCCUGCCCCCUGCAGAUCCUCCUGGCCAUCGUGUUCCUGUGGCUGGAGCUGGGCCCGUCGGUGCUGGCCGGCCUGGCCGUCAUGGUGCUCAUGGUGCCCAUCAACGGGUUCCUCGCCACCAAGGCCAGGAAGCUGCAGAUUAAGAACAUGGAGCACAAAGACAAGAGGCUGAAAAUCAUGAACGAAAUCCUCAACGGCAUGAAGAUCCUGAAGCUGUUUGCCUGGGAGCCGUCCUUCCAAACUCAGGUGGAAGGCAUCCGUGGGCAGGAGCUGCAGGUCAUGAGGAAGUUUGCCUACCUCAACUCCUUCUCCACCUUCAUCUUCUACUGCGCCCCUUCUUUGGUCUCCCUGGCCACGUUCGGAGUGUUUGUUGCUGUGAGUUCGGAGAACGUGCUGGACGCAGAGAAGGCGUUCACCUCCAUCGCGCUCUUCAACAUCCUGCGCUUCCCCCUCACAAUGCUGCCAAUGCUCAUCGCCAUCAUGGUGCAGACGGCAGUGUCGAAGAAGCGCCUCGAAAAGUUCCUGGGGGGUGACGACCUUGACCCGGACAUCGUGCGCCACGACUCCAGCUUCAACACAGCGGUGAGCAUCUGUGACGGAACCUUCACUUGGGAGAAAGGAGUGGAUCCUGUGCUGAAGAACAUCUCCCUGGAUGUGGGGCGGGGUAAGCUGGUGGCGGUGGUGGGGGCGGUGGGCUCUGGGAAGUCCUCCCUCAUCUCGGCCAUCCUCGGGGAGCUCCACAGCGUCAAGGGCUUCGUCAACCUGCAGGGUUCAGUAGCCUACGUGCCCCAGCAGGCCUGGAUCCAGAACGCCACCCUCAGGGACAACAUCCUGUUUGGUGGCCCCCACGACAGCGACCGCUUCCAGGGGGUGCUGGACGCCUGCGCCCUGGGCCCCGACCUGGAGCUGCUGCCCGGCCGCGACCUCACGGAGAUCGGGGAGAAGGGUAUUAACCUGUCUGGAGGGCAGAAGCAGCGUAUCAGCCUGGCCCGGGCGGCCUACAGCCACUCGGACAUCUACCUGCUGGACGACCCGCUGUCGGCCGUGGACUCCCACGUGGGGAAGCACCUCUUCAGGGAGGUCAUCGGCCCCAAGGGCCUUCUUAAAGACAAGACGCGCAUCCUGGUGACCCACGGGGUGAGCUUCCUGCCCUACGUGGAUGAGAUCGUGGUGCUGGUGGAGGGGGCGGUGUCGGAGGUGGGGUCCUACCAGAGCCUGCGGGCCACCAAGGGGGCCUUCUCCGAGUUCCUGGACACGUACGCCAAGGAGGAGAACCGGGAGCAGGGCCCGGCAACAGAGGCCGUUGGGGUGGAGGAGGUGGAGGAGGAGGUCUCCGGAGGGGAGGACCUCCAGGCCGACUGCGCCCCCGAGGACGUGGUGACGGGCACGCUGAAGAGGGAGGGCAGCAUCCGCCGCAGCCUGCGGAGCCAGGGCAGUGUGAGAUUGCGGUCAAACAGCUCAUCGCCAAAGAAAGAGCUUGCUACAGAUUUGAAGAAAGGCCAGAGGCUCAUAGAGAAAGAAACCAUGGAAACAGGACAGGUCAAGUUCUCGGUGUACCUGCAGUACCUGCGAGCCGUUGGAUGGGGCUACUCCACCAUGAUGUUCCUGAUGUACCUGGUCCAGAACGUCGCCUUCAUCGGCCAGAACCUGUGGCUGAGCGACUGGACCACGGACUCUGUGGACUACUUCAACAAGACGUACCCCGCCUCCAAGAGGGACACCCGCGUGGGAGUGUUUGGUGCCCUGGGAGUGGCGCAGGGUCUGUUUGUGUUCCUGGGCACCCUGUUCAUGGCGGAGGGCUCCGUCUCGGCCUCCAGUAUCCUUCACUCUCGGCUGCUCCGCACCAUCCUAAGGGUGCCCAUGGUCUUCUUCGACACCACGCCCACCGGCCGGGUGGUCAACCGCUUCGCCAAGGAUAUCUUCACGGUGGACGAGGCUCUCCCGCAGUGUUUCCGCUCCUGGAUUCUCUGUCUUCUGGGCGUUGUCGGGACGCUCUUCGUCAUCUGUCUGACCACACCCACCUUCGCCGUCGUCAUCAUACCCCUCGCGGUGGUUUAUUACUUUGUACAGAGGUUCUACGUGGGCACCUCCAGGCAGCUGCGGCGCCUGGACUCGGUAUCCCGCUCGCCCAUCUACUCCCACUUUGGCGAGACGGUGGCGGGGCUGUCGGUCAUCCGGGCCUACGGCCACCAGGAGCGCUUCCUCAAGCACAACGAGACCACCAUGGACGAGAACAUCAAGAGCGUCUACCCUUGGAUCGUGUCCAACAGAUGGCUGGCGAUCCGCCUGGAGUUCCUAGGCAACCUGGUGGUGUUCUUCUCCGCUCUGUUCGCCGUCAUCGCAAGGAAGAAGCUGGACAGUGGGCUGGUCGGCCUGUCCAUAUCCUACUCUCUCAAUGUGACCCAGACGCUCAACUGGCUGGUCAGGAUGACGUCAGAGCUGGAGACCAACAUCGUGGCCGUGGAGCGAGUGAGCGAGUACUCUGAGCUGCAGACGGAGGCUGAGUGGGCCUCGGAGACGCAGCCCCCGGGGAAGUGGCCCGACGCAGGGCGACUGCAGUUUGAUAACUACAAGGUUCGCUACCGACCGGAGCUGGACCUGGUGCUGAACGGGAUCAGCUGUGAUAUAAGCAGCACUGAAAAGAUUGGUAUAGUCGGCCGUACCGGAGCCGGUAAGUCCAGCCUGACCAACUGCCUGUUCAGGAUCAUCGAGGCGGCGGAGGGCCGCAUCCUCAUCGACGGCAUCGACAUCUCCAAGAUAGGCCUUCACGACCUCCGGAACCGGCUGACUAUCAUACCACAGGACCCGGUGUUAUUCUCUGGCUCUCUGAGGAUGAACCUGGACCCCUUUGAGAACUUCAGUGACCAGGAGAUCUGGAUAGCGCUGGAGCUCUCCCACCUCAAGGACUACGUGGCGGGCCUGGAGAAGGGUCUGCAGUACGAGGUCUCGGAGGGGGGGGAGAACCUCAGCGUGGGCCAGAGGCAGCUGCUGUGCUUGGGCCGGGCUCUGCUCCGCAAGUCCCGCAUCCUGAUCCUGGACGAGGCCACAGCCGCCGUGGACCUGGAGACGGACGACCUGAUCCAGACCACCAUCCGCAAGGAGUUCUCCCACUGCACCGUCCUCACCAUCGCCCACCGGCUGCAGAGCAUCAUGGACAGCUCCAGGGUGAUGGUGCUAGACGCAGGGAGGAUCGUGGAGUUUGAUUCUCCUGAAAACCUGCUGGAGAAACAGGGGUACUUCUACGCCAUGACCAAGGACGCCGGGAUAACCACAGGAGAAGCCACAGCUCUACACAGGAAAAAUGAGAGAGUAUUUUCUUCAGAGUUACCAUUAUUUUCCUCUAAAAGAGUAAUUUUUACUAAUUUUGGAUUGUAAUCAUUUCCAGUGGCCACUAAAGUCGGAGGAAAAAAAUAGAGUAAAUCUUAUUGGAGUAAUAUCAAGAACACGCCCACUAAACUUUCUUAGGUUUCGUUUCUGCCGCCAUUUUCUAUCGCAGUCGAGGUGAGCGGCAGUUGUGGACGGCGUUGAGACAGGAUGCAUGCUGUAAGAGUGAAGUACCGAGAGCGCCAGAAAUACAUUUGUUAUGAAGGGCAACUGACCUUCAAAUCAUUUUUGGAGUGUGGUGAGUGAAACAAACUGCACAGCCUACUGGGUGUCAUGUGUAAAUUAGUGGUGAUGUCUUAUGUUUAUUAUUAUUGUGGUCGUCAAGGACCCUUAGAGGUAUAAUGUAUUUGAUUUUGGAACCCCCAUCUCUAAAUGUUGUUUCGUGUACACUGAGAAAAUGAAUGAUUUGAGGUAAUGUUCGCUGUAAAAGUAUAUUCUAGAUUUGCAAAAAUCUUCAUGAUUAAAAAUAAGAAAUAAAAUGCAGAUUUGCAAGCUCAUAGCAUUGCACUCGUAAACUUAUAAAUUCGUUGUUUUAAGUGGUUCAGAUGUGAAGUGACACAGAUGUGACCUAUAAUAAAAAUAAGAUGAAUUGCACAACAGUAUGAAUCUUGUGCAAUAUUUUUUUGAUUUCAGUUUCCAAGAAAUUUGAAAUUCCUACCUUGGACUUAAAAGUCUAUGAUGAUUUGAACACUGAAGUUGACGAGGAUGCGUUUGCGUUUCUUGUAAUGAAACCAGACCUGGGUGUGCUUGAAGUCUGUUUGCCCAAGGGCUCAGAUUUUGAGGGUGAGUCACUUGUUAACUUGGAGUCCUAUAAUCCAUUUAGUCCUAACCUUGUAAUGCAACAUAGUAAAGAGAGACUUAUCCACGUUGCAUGACAUUUUGAAUAAACAUGCCUCUUCAGACACGUAAAAAAGCAUCUGAGGAAUAACUAGUGUGUGGAUCCAUCCUAAUCUAAUGUGAUCUUUUACAUUACUCUUAUCACAGAUGAUCCCCUCUUAAUAAUGACAUGUUAUUAUAAUCACACCUGUUAUGUUAACAUGCCAGAAUCAGGGAGCCCCUCUACAAGCCACUCCGUUGCCAGCAGCAACAGCUCCUUUCUCAGCUCUAGUGUAGAAAAUGAAGGGGACUCUGAUGACACCAUCAUUUUGGUGCCUAGUCCUGGCCAAAGAAACAGAGAUGACCUGACUCGUCUUGCUCGGGUAAGCUUUGCAGAUGGAGAGAUCAAGAUGGUGAUUCUGAUAAAAGGGGUAGGGGGGGAAAUGGCCAAGUAAAUUGGGGCAUGGUUUACAUUUUUGUCACUGUAAAUGUAAUUGGCCACCAAAUCCAUGUCCCUCCCCUCUUUAUUUUCCCCUCACACUUAGAUGAUUGAAAAGAUUCUGAGGGAGAAACCUGGAGGAGAGAGGAUCCUUACAGAGUAUGCUCGGAAAAAAAGCCUAACAGAUUCCAGAAGACGUGACAUGGUGAAGAUAUUGGUUGCACACAUGGCGAGUGAACAUGGGACGAGCCCUUCAAGGCGUGUUAAAGAGGACUACGCAAAGGGCAUCACUGCCUUGUUUCCAUACCUGGCCGAUCCCCAGGGCACUUUGGGCUAUGAGCAUUAUUACAAUCCAGUAGAUGGGGGUGGAUUUCUUGCAUGGCGAGUGAAAACGCUUCAAAAAGAAGCCUCGGAGGGACAACAGAAAAGAAACCCUCAGCCACUGACAGGUGGUCCAGAUUCUGGUGACAGAACCCCCUUCAGUAAGGAAAAUCAGCUAACCACAGAAACCCAGUGUUGCGAGGCCAUCGCUCUCAUGAAGCAUACAACUGAUGAAGCAAUCAUCAAGGAGAAGAUGAAACAGACCUUCAUCCAUCGCCAAGAAAUGGUUCAUGACCCAGUGAAGUCCUCUGAAAUAUUCACCACCUUUCCAAGAUUUCUUGACAUCACGGGAAUGAUAGUGCAGGAUUUCAGUCUGAUGUUUGGUGAUGACAUCUCUGCAAAGUUCCUGGAGAAGUGGCCUACUCACUACAGGCAGAAAGUCCUUGAACAAACCCGUGGCCUCACCCAGACAAGCGACCUUGAAGAUCUCCUUCAUAACGCUGAAUCCACAACAGAAGAACUGGAAGAUGGAUGGGACAGUGAGAUGUCCUCCAUCUUGCUCCUUAUCCACCUCAUGCCACCAUCACCUCAUGGCCGCAACAAGAGACCAGGAAAGCUCUCUGCCAGACAAGCCAUUGACCACCUUGUGAAAUUCAUCAAGACUGGGACCAGUAUUGAAGGGCAUCUGGACAGCAUCACAGAGAGCCGUCAACCCUAUCUACUGGCUGUGGGAACCAAGAGGAGCGCCACACACAAAUAUUUCAUUGUUAUCGACAAACAUGCAAUUCCGUGUCAGUCACCAGAUUGUCUUGCCUCUUUUGACGAGCUUUUUAAAGCUCAUUUCGUCUUCGCUACCUCGUACAACAGGGAUCUGGCCAAUGUCUACCACUUCUUGCAAACCGCAGUUUAUCAGAUUGAUACUGCUACCACCAAGGUGAAUCCCAGGGUCAAAGAGAUGAGAGCUCGGAUGCUGCACUGAUUUUGACACCUUGAGAUGUUUUGUUUUAUUUGCAAAGGCCCUCAAGCAAAUGACAGUUCACUAAUUAAGCACUUGAAGGUGAUCCACGGACUUUGUUCAGGAAAGACACUUCGUCUGAAAUGUGGUCAGCCUGCUUGUUCUCGUUUCUUUUGUACUUUUUCAGGGUUUCGAAAGCAUCUUAAAGCACAUGGACCUUGUGAUCCUGGUGAAGGCCCCUCAACUGAAGAUUUAGCUGUAAGUUUUGUUGACUUUCCAUUAAACAGUGCCCCCUCUGACCCAGUCCUUCUUAAUAAGAGUCUUGUGGACAGCUGUGCUGUGACAGUGGCUGAACUUAAAGUGGCAGGUGUAGGCGAAACUAUCAUUAACUCUUUGGUUACUUCAAUGGAAGAGAUUGUUGAUGAUAUCCAUAAUCAAGCAAAAGAAUCUGUGAAGCAGUGUCUAUCUUUACAGGAACCUAUCAAAAGUGAGGUUGAGUGUAAAAUUGAUCAGUGCUUUGAAAAAAUUGAAAAUCCUUUUGGUGUCUUAAAUUCUGAAACUAAGAGAAGGCAGUAUUUCACAGAGAAGUGGGGAAGGGUGGAACCCGUUGAAUGUGUUCUUGGUACAAGAUUUGAUACACGGCGCAAUCGGACUACUGGAACUUAUGAUCCAGUUGUUGUCACUGAUAAAUUGGUUUAUAUCCCAGUUUUGAAAACGUUAGACUUCAUUUACAAACACCCUAAGAUAAAAGAGAUGAUGCAGAGUCAUUCCAGUUCAAGAAAAGAUCUUCUUAAUGACUUUUGUGAUGGAGAUCUUUUCAAGAGUCAUCCUUUAUUUUCAAAACAGAAGCAUGCAAUUCAGUUGCAACUUUUCUAUGAUGAUUUUGAAUGCGCAAAUCCGUUGGGGAGUAAAAAGGGAAUACAUAAAAUAGGAGCAAUCUAUUUCACCUUGCGCAAUCUUUCUCCAAAGCACAACUCAAUGCUGCUUAAUAUUCAUUUGGUCGCUUUAUUCCAUGCCCAAGACAUUAAAACAUAUGGCUUUUCUAAAAUACUUGAUCCAAUUGUGCAAGACAUUAAAGAACUGGAGACUAAGGGAAUUCGGGUCCCACUGUAUGAAGAAAAUGUGUAUGGAACUAUUGUCCAAGUUACUGGUGACAACCUGGGUCUUCAUAGUUUGUUUGGUUUCGUAGAGUCAUUUAAUGCCAGAUAUUGUUGUCGCUUUUGUCUAGCUGAGAAAGAGGACUUUCAGACAGAAUACACAGAAGAUUCACCCAAGAUAGUGAUGCGAACUCAAGCACUUCACGCAGAACACUGCCAAAUGAUGGAGGAAACUCUUAGUCUUCCCUAUGUGAUGGGUGUUAAACGUUCUUGUGUUCUAAAUUCCUUGCAGUACUUCAAUACAUGUGAAAACUUCUCUGUCGAUAUUAUGCACGAUAUCUUGGAGGGCGUGGCACAAUAUGAAAUGAAGCUGCUUAUACUAUACUUGAUCAAAAACUACACAACAUCAAAGGAAAUAGACAGGAGAAUUAAGAACUUUAACUAUGGCUACAUGGAUCAAAACAACAAGCCACCUUCAUUGAAGUUGGUAGAGGGCUCAAAUGACUUGGGUUUAAAUGCGAUCCAAUCUUGGUGUUUACUUCGCAAUCUCCCACUUGUAUUUGGAGACUUGGUUUGUCGAGAUGAUCCACACUGGUAUUUGCUUCUGUUGUUGCUUCAAAUAGCAGAUAUUGUAUUUUCUCCCAUGUUAUCAACUGGCAUUACCAUUUAUUUGAAACAUUUGAUUUCAGAGCACCAUGGGUUAUUCAAGCAUUUGUUUCCCUGCAAGAGGCUCCUGCCAAAGCAUCAUUUUAUGGUGCAUUAUCCUACAUGUAUUCGUAAAAUUGGACCACUUUUGCAUACCUGGUGCAUGCGCUAUGAAGCAAAGCACAAUUUCUUUAAAAAACUAAAAAGCUUCAAAAAUAUAACUAAAACAUUGGCAAGGAAACACCAAAGUCAAGUAGCAUAUAGUUGGCAGACAUUUGAGCCCGACAGACUGGUGCUUGGUCCAAGUAAAAUGGUAGCUUUAAACAUGAUGGACAGGGGCUGUGAGAUAGCAGAGGCUCUUCAGGUAUCAAUUGACACUAAGGUGUUGGAUGUUAGAUGGGCCAAACACCAUGGAAAUAUGUAUCGUCCAGGUUUAGUUGUUUGUCUUAAAGUGCUUAAUGAGAUGCCAGUUUUUCACAAAAUCCACCGUGUUGUUCUUAAAGAUGAGAGGUUACUGUUGUGUACAUUUGCACUCCAAACACUGUGUAUGGAUGAGCAUUUUUAUGCAUUUAAAGUUGUGUGUACUGCAGAAGGACCUCAUGUUGUUGAUGUCAAAGAGCUUUUUUGUUACAAAGCAUUCGAUAUGCAGAUGUCGUACAGUAAUGAUGAUUCAAGUUUGUUUAUUGUCCCAUACUGUUUCCUGGGAUAAAAGAAUCGCUAAGCUCUAACUAUUGCACUGGAGAUGAACAAUGGAAUUCUGAAUUUCUUUGCCCAUAACUCAAAUUCAAAUUUAUUAAUAUUUUCUCCUGUUUUAUCUAAUCGACCCAAUUUCAAAGAGCACAUUGUGUCCAAAUUGUGAUGGCCCACCAAUUGGGCAUAUAUGUUUUGGCUGGGCUGAUGGCAAUUGCAAUAUUUUACAGCCUUAUCUGCAGCUACUGAUGGUGUUGUGAUAGUGUGCAUACCUGUUUACAAUAUUCUAUUUGUUUUUAUAAAAAAAUUAUACGGAUGUGUCACCCUGAAAGACUUUCCCCCCCCCCUCAUAUUUUAUGGGUGCUCAGUGCAUGUGAUAUGCAUUUAAGAAAAAUAAAAGUGCAUUGUUGAAUAUACAUUUUUUGUGGUAUUUUUUAUUUCAAACAUUUUAAUCC